AUGGGUGCAUAUACACCUAUGAGCCAAAGUGAAUUUCCGGUGAACAGUACCCUGAAAAAACAUAAAAUAUUGUCAAAAGAUUCUGAAAAAGUUGUAGAUGAUCAUGUUGGCGUCGCGAAAAUGCUUAACUUGUUUGCCUCAAAAUGUACAGGUAAUACAAGAGUCUGGAAUCUUGACUCCGACUUGGAGGCUGGGAAAAAACUGCUUGCCAAAGAAAUUGGGAUGAACACCAUUGUUUCCAUCAAGAGGGCUCCCAAGGUCCGUGGGGAACUCCGUGGCGCGGACGAAGACAGCUACACACCGCACCGUGUGCCGAUCGGCCCUUACCAUCACAAUUGCUCAUCUUCAUGGAUUGCAAAAGAAAAGCUGCGCUAUGUCGGCUUCAUGCAGAGUGUCUCCGAAAGAUACAAGGCAGAUGGUCUUAAUGGUCUAGUGGAGGAAUUGGAGCCCCGAGCAAGGGAGUGGUACGGGGACGGGGUUGACCACAUGACGCCGGAAGAGUUGGCGAGGAUGCUGCUGCAUGAUGGGUGCUACCUGCUGGGUUGGUUGGUGAACUAUCCGGACGCCCCUCAAACAUCCUGCAACGACCACAACACGGUGUUUCGCGACAUCCUUUACCUCAUUGAGAACCAGUUGCCUUUCUUUGUUCUUGACAAGAUUCACGCGCGCGCCACAGGAGGUUCCAGUUGCCUACUCCACUACAUGGCAACAUACAUCCAGAGUCUGCUGCAUGCUCAGCUCUACAUCAGCCAAGGGAAGCAGAGGCUGAUGGAGCAGCCAUGGCACCUGCUGCAUCUAGUGCACGAAUACUUCCGUCCAGCCAACUUGCCGAAGUCCACAGAUCCGCAGCAGACCGGGCGCACUGGUCGGUGGCGCCGGGCGACGGCAUACCGCUUGCACGCCAAGGUGAGGUUCAUGCCCCGGGACUUCGCGGCCGAAGUAAAUUCGGUCCUCGACGUGCGCCUUGAAGGAGGCACACUGUGGGUCCCUCGCCUGCAAGUCUGCCGGGACACGUGGACGCUCCUACGUAACCUGAUGGCGCUGGAGGAGCAGAUGCCCAAGAGGCCAGUCACGGCGUACUGCAUCUUCAUGUCGCAGGUGGCGUGCACGGUGGAGGACGUCCGGCUCCUGGUUGAUGCAAAGAUCGUCCAACACUUUGAGGGCAGCGACGAGCAUGCUGCCCAAGGCUUUGCCGACCUCUGCAAGGGGGUGGUCAUGGACGUCGACAACAUCGACAGGAACUACCUCAAGCCCAUCUGGCGUGACCUGGAGAAGCGCCACAAGAGCCGCGCACACAACUUUUGGGGCGGCCACUCACAGCGUGUGGCCAUCGCCUUGGCAUUACUAGUGGUUGUCGUCCUCCUUGCCUGUGUAGUGACGCAAACUUUCUAUGUAAUUAUCGGCUAUCGGCAACAAACAAAACAUUAG